GAGUAAGUUCAUAAGUGGGCAGCUGCUGUCACGUGAUCUACCCUCCCUCUGUGCCAAGAUGGCGGCGCCCAAGUCCUGAGACGGGAAACGUGCACCAGAUUGGAUCCUCGGUGCAGGGAGGAGAGGAGCAGGGGCCCAGAGCCUGGUUUACGGACUGGAAGCCCCGGGGGCCGCCGACUCCCGCAGCGAUGGAGAACGGCUCUGACUCCAGGCCUUGCGGAGAAGGGGGCGCUCCAGCGGCCCAGAAGGCGACCAUCACCGAGGGCGCCGCCAGGAUCGCCUUCCCCAGUGCCAACGAGGUUUUCUACAACCCGGUGCAGGAGUUCAACCGCGACCUGACAUGUGCGGUGAUCACAGAGUUUGCUAGAAUUCAGCUUGAAGCCAAGGGAAUUCAGAUCAAGGUGCCAGGUGAGAAGAACUUGCAAAAAGUGGUUGUGAACUUGAUGGAGCAAGAGGAGGAGAAUGUUGAAGUGAAAGAAGAUGCAAAUCUGGCCCCAGGAGACCAACCUCAAACAGCUGCUGUGGGUGAGAUCUGUGAGGAAGGUCUACGGGUGCUGGAAGGCCUGGCAGCUUCGGGCCUACGCUCCAUCCGAUUUGCUUUAGAAGUACCUGGACUCCGAUCUGUGGUUGCCAAUGAUGCCUCUGCCCAGGCUGUAGAGCUCAUACGCCAUAAUGUGCUACUCAAUGAUGUGGCCCAUAUCGUUCAGCCCAGCCAGGCAGAUGCCCGGAUGCUGAUGUACCAACAUCAAAAGGCGUCUGAGCGCUUUGACGUUAUUGACCUGGACCCCUAUGGCAGUCCCGCCACCUUUCUGGAUGCAGCAGUUCAGGCUGUCAGUGAUGGAGGACUUCUUUGUGUCACCUGCACGGACAUGGCAGUGCUGGCAGGGAACAACGGAGAGACAUGCUACAGCAAGUAUGGGGCCAUGGCCCUCAAGAGCCGGGCCUGCCACGAGAUGGCCCUGAGGAUUGUGCUGCACAGCCUGGACCUGCGAGCCAACUGCUACCAGCGCUUUGUGGUGCCUCUGCUCAGUAUCAGUGCUGAUUUCUAUGUGAGAGUCUUCGUGCGAGUCUUUGUAGGCCAGGCCAAAGUCAAGGCCUCAGCCAGCAAGCAAGCGUUGGUGUUCCAGUGUGUGGGCUGUGGUGCCUUCUAUCUACAGCGUCUUGGCAAAGCUUCAGGAGACCCCAGUGGCAGGGUCAAGUUCUCUGCAGCCUGUGGUCCUCCAGUGGCCCCUGAGUGUGAGCACUGUGGGCAGCGAUACCAGCUUGGCGGCCCCAUGUGGGCAGAGCCCAUCCAUGACCUGGACUUUGUGAACCGGGUCCUGGAGGCAGUGAGCACUAACCCCAGUCGUUUCCACACUUCUGAGCGGAUCCAGGGGGUCCUGAGUGUUGUCACUGAGGAACUUCCUGAUGUCCCUCUCUACUACACGCUGGACCAACUGAGCAGCACCAUCCACUGCAACACACCCCGCCUCCUGCAGCUUCGGUCAGCCCUCCUCCAUGCUGGCUUUCGGGUCUCACUCUCCCACGCCUGUAAGAAUGCAGUGAAGACAGAUGCUCCCCCUCUGGCUCUCUGGGAUAUCAUGCGUUGCUGGGAGAAGGAGUGUCCAGUGAAACGGGAGCGGCUGUCGAAGAGCAGCCCAGCAUUCCACAUUCUCACCGUGGAGCCCAGGCUGAAGGCCAACUUUACUAUCCGGGAAGAUGCCAACCCCAGCUCCCGCCAACGAGGACUGAAACGCUUCCAGGCCAACCCAGAAGCCAACUGGGGUCCCAGGCCCCGUGCCAGGCCAGGGGGCAAGGUAGCAAGUGCAGGCCUGGAGGAGAGGCGAAGGCUGCUGCAGAAUAAGCGGAAGGAACCGGCUGAGGACCUGACCAGGCGGACAGCUCGUCUCAAGUCGUUUCCUUGCAAACGAUUCAAGGAAGGCACCUGCCAGCGAGGAGACCAGUGCUGCUACUCACAUAGCCCUACUGAGACCGUGGUCUCCACAGAUGUUCCUGUCACAGACCAUCCAUAUAACCAAAACCAGAACUCCCCUGGGCCACGGGGUGCUGCAGAGCUGGGUGUAGACUGAGCCAAUAAAGAGAUGUCAUUUUCUGCUGA